CUGACGCCGCAGCAACUACAUCCGGGUAACUGUGGUGACCUUGGUUGGUUAUUCAUCAUGGCGGCCAUCGUUAGGUUGACUUCUGCGUGUCACAGAGGAGUUAAACCUCUGUUUUACCAAAGCUCGUUGCUGCUCAGGCCAGUUGCUGUUCCACACAGGUACCAGGAGCAGCCCCACCUGAAGACAGCGGCUAUCCACUCAUCACAAGCUCUGUAUGCGGGCUCCGACUCCAAAGCCGCCUCCCUGCACUGGACAGCCGAGCGAGUGCUGAGCAUCCUGCUGCUGGCCAUGGGCCCCGCGGCGUAUUACAGCCCUGGUCCCGUCAUCGACUACUCCCUGGCUGCUGCCCUCACCCUGCACGGACACUGGGGUCUCAGUCAGGUUUUAACGGAUUACGUUCAUGGCGAUACAAAGAUCAAGCUGGCCAACGCAGGGCUCCUCCUGCUGUCCACGGUCACCUUCGCCGGGCUUUGCUACUUCAACUACAGCGACGUGGGCAUCUGCAAAGCCGUCGCUCUGCUCUGGAGCAAAUGAAACGGACUGUGGACUGGGAAGCUCCGAGAACCUUCGCACGGUGGUGAAAGAAUCUCGUCCAGGCUGAUUGUAAAAAAAUUCAGUGUUCUUUGUAAAUUCCUCAUUUGACAAUAUUACAUGUAUGUAUGUGUUGUGUUUAAUUGAAAUGAAUACCAUCAGCUCCAGCUUGGUUUUUGUAUUUAGGUGAUUCACGUGUCAGGAACGUAGCCGGUCUCUCACAGAUUACCACUGUUUGACAUCAUAAUCAUUUUCAUGUUGGGGUCCUUUUGUUUCCGUGUCUUCAUGCGGAACUGCAGCUUUCAGCAACUUUUCAAGCAGAAAGUCAGUAAACUGUUACACGGUCGUAUUCCCGUCGGCCUGGCAUUCCCAGAAGUCACAGGCCGACUUGGGAGACCUCUGAGCCACAGGUUAGAAGGAGAAACGGCUCUGAGGCUGUUUCAGUUCAGCGGAGCUGAAGCGUCGCUUCCAGGCGGUGAAACACGAAGUUUACCAUGACGACGCUGCGAUCAGCUGCAGAUACGAGCUGGUCGGUCAACAUGGAGCAUGUCGGAAUUAUUCUCCCCUACAGUGUAAAUGAAGCUGAACAUAAUAAACACCAGAGGAAAUAUU